AUGAUCAUUCGCUGGUUUCUCUAUUUAGUCCCAUUACUUUUACUUCUGUCCACGAUUCAAGCAGAUCAAUUCCUGAAAAACAAUCACCCACAUCAUCUUGAGCCAACUAUUGAAACAGUCAAUGAAACAAAGCAAGAGAAUCCAGUAAAACAUCAAGCACAUGGAGUAAAGGUAGCUAGUUUCAAAUUUGAAUACGUAAGAGAGCCUCUUGUGUUAACCGUCUUCAUCAUUGUGGUUGGAUUGUUUAAAUUGGGUUAUCAUCACACAAAUUACAUUCAGCAUGUUCUUCCCGAGUCUUGUUGUCUCAUUCUUGUUGGUGCUUUACUAGGAUUUGCAUUUCUUUAUGAUGAAACACAUGAAUCGGUGAAAUUCUUGGAGUUCGACUCAAGAACUUUCUUCUUUAUGCUUUUACCACCAAUCAUUCUUGAAGCUGCUUAUUCGUUGAAAGAUCGAGCGUUUAUCGAAAAUUUAGGCACAAUUUUAAUUUACGCUGUUGUGGGAACCGUUUUGAAUAUUAUGAUCAUCGGUGGUGGAUUGAUUGCUCUUUCUGAACUCGGUUAUAUUAAUGGAUUCAUGGUUGAUCCAUUGGAUUGUCUCGUUUUCGCAUCGUUAAUUGCAGCUGUGGAUCCUGUAGCAGUUCUUGCAAUUUUUCAAGAAGUUGGCGUCAAUAAAGUGCUCUACUUUAUGGUCUUCGGAGAGUCCUUGUUGAAUGAUGCUGUCACCGUUGUUUUUUACAAUCUUGUGAUUGAGUUUAAAGAAUUGCCCUCAAUUCGCUUCUUCGACUGUAUAAUGGGUCUUCUGGCAUUUCUCUGUGUGGCACUGGGCGGGCUCUUUAUCGGACUCUUCUUUGGGUGCAUCUCAGCGUUUAUUACUAAGUUCACUUUACAUGUCAGAGUUGUUGAGCCGGUAAUCCUCUUCGGUACUGCCUAUCUUUCAUUCAUUUUCGCCGAAAUGUUUCACUUCUCGGGCUUAAUAGCACUGAUAGCAUGUGGUCUUUUCCAAACGCAUUACACUUGUGGAAACAUUUCCUACAAAUCCUACGUCUCAGUGACAUAUUUCGCAAAAGUGGCCAGCUCUGUUGCCGAGUCUCUAAUUUUCAUAAUUCUUGGAGUAAUGCUGGUGAAUGAAAGAGGCUGGUUUUGGUCUGAUUGGCAUCCACUUUUCUCAAUUUAUGCUCUCAUUUUUUGUCAAAUUGCUAGAGUACUUGUUGUUUUCUUCCUCACCUAUAUCGUGAAUCAGUUCACUGGAGGUGUUCGCUACAUCAGCUUCCAGGAGCAGCUUAUAAUGGCUUACGGAGGACUCCGAGGUGCCAUUUCCUUUUCUCUUGUCUUCAUGAUCAGCGAUGAUGUGCCAACGAAAAAUACUUUGCUCUCAGCGACUUAUAUUGUCAUAUUAUUCACAGUCUUUGUGCAGGGUUGCACAAUUAAACCGGUUGUUCGAUACUUGAACAUUCGUUUGGCCAGGAAAGAGGACAAUUUCCGAAUGUUUAACGAGUUCAAUCGGGGAAUGAUCACUCAUAUGUCACAAGGAAUUGAGGAUUUAGUCGGAUAUAAGAAAAGGAGCUUGAUGAGUCAAGCAAGUACUUUUUCAAAGAACUAUAUUCGACCGAUUCUUGAAAAAGGAUACGAUAAACAUAAUCAAAAAAAGCCUGAGAAUCGUUUAAUGAUGAUAGAUCGAGAGGAAACAUUGAGAGAACAAAUGCGCAAAUCCGCUUCGACAAACUCUUUUAAGAAUCAAGAAGCUAUGGAGCAAAUGGCUGAAGAAGGUGAAAUCACUCGCGGUCUCCUUGAUGAAGAAGAGAAUUUCCCUCGUUUACGUGGAAAAUCGACGAGAUCUCGAUCGGGAAAGGACAGCGAUUUGGAGAGGGAAAAAUUAGAGCAAGAAACAAUCCAAAUCACUCAAAAUAGCUUUCAAAUUCGAAAACUCAUCAAUGGAAACCAGAAUAAUUUCUAUUUGGAUCGAAAUCUCACUGAGAAAGAUGAUAUUGCUUGCAUUGAUAAAGUGAGAAAUGCACAGCAUCACAUUCUAGCACUACAGGAAAGAGCGAAAAAUAUGAAUGAAAGCCAAGUUCGACGACGAGGGUUCUCGAAGAUCAAAAAAUCGCAACCAAAGAAAAGCACGACACAGGGUCUCCUCUUGGCUUCAAUGGGUUCAAUUGGUGUUCAAUCGAUUGACGCUGGUGAUGAAGAUAUUGGCAUUGAGUUCACGAUGCCUCAAGAAAAUGCUUGUCAGUUGUACACGAUCAAUGAAUCGAUGGACUCAACGAAUGACUCACCCGAAAACCCAACGAAUUCCCAAGAAGAGAAAGAACUU